GGAAAAAAAAAAAAAAAAAAAAUCCAAAACAGAAGAAAAGUCGAUAUACACUGAUACGACUGUGUAUGUGCGAUGUACGGACAGUGACACGAAAGACUCUGAAAAGUCUAAAAGAUACCGGUGGCGCCGGUCAAUGGGAGUUGAAGAGGAAGGAAAGGAGAGGGUUUUCUGAGCUGGGAGCAUUGAAAUGGCGCAACGUUCGCAUGUACCAAAAUUUGGCAACUGGGAGAGUGAAGAAAAUGUCCCUUACACUGCUUAUUUUGAUAAGGCACGUAAGGGUAGGGAUGGGAAGUUGAUCAAUCCAAAUGAUCCUCAAUACAAUUCCGAAGCGUUUUCUGACAAUGCACCCCCGGUUCGUGCUCCCCCACCGGCUGUAGCCGCAGCACCGCAGCCCAAGCACGAGCGGAAAUCGAGCAAGGAAGAUGGUGAGGUCAGGCGACUGAGCGAGGACUCCGUGGGCCGGCGAGCUUCCAGUAGCGAUUCGCCCCAUCAACGUGAUCGUGGAGUGAAUUCUGGGAGGGGUAACAGGUCAAGUGCUGAUCACUCACCCCUGCACCCACAUUAUCAGGCGAAGAUUGCAAACAAAGACGGGGUGUCCUCCCCAUCAUGGGAAAGAAAGGGUUCAUCUGAAAGGAGCCAUGGUUUCGCUCCAAACACCCCUGGGAGAUCCAGACUCAGACCUGCUACUCGUGGCGAUGAAUCUCCUGAGAAAGGUGCGGCGGUACCGAAAUUCGGCGAUUGGGAUGAGAACAAUCCUGCAUCAGCUGAUGGUUACACCCAUAUCUUUAACAAAGUCAGAGAGGAGAAGCAGAUAGGAUCAGCUAAGGUUCCCAUCAUGCCAACUGAGUCAUCUUACCACAACGGGCAAAAGCGAGACAAUGCCGACAGUUCUGAACCAACGAUGUGUUGGUGCUUUCCCAUGGGCAGAAAGUGAUGUUUGCGCCCAUAGAGUGAAAAUAUGAAGGUGAUGAGGACCUGUAAAUAUAGCUUUGAAAGCUGUUUAUUUCAUAAGCUUUGCUGAUUCCACAUGCUUAUGGAGCCCUGCCCAUCCACAUGCAGGCAUGCAUGCGAAUAUGGAUGACAUGUGCAAGAUAUGAGCUUUCUGUCUGGUUGGAAAUAAAGCUUAGAUCUUCCGACUAAAAAAUUGGGUAGCUUCACUUCUUCGGUGGACCACAAAGUAUAAAGUGAACUGACAGUUAAAACAUUUUUACCCGUCUAUUUAUAUGCUGGGGCCCACCUGAGGUGUGAAAUGGCCUGAUUUUUUUGUCCUGGAGAUCUAAACAGGCCCAACUUAUGGAAUGAUCUGAUUAAGCACGUGUUCCAUAUUGGCACCUGCCAUGUGUGGAUGGGCAGGGAGCAAACUUCUUAUAUUUUAUAUAUAGAGAAACUCUACAGACUUGCAUUCUUUUUAUUUACUUGUGUGCCUUUUUGUGAUGAAAUAAAUAUACGAGGUUUUGAGGUGUGGAAACCUCUUUAUUUGCA